GGAUAUCUGAGUACUAGGGAGACGGCCCCGUGGACACUCGGUUCUGGAAGCGCUGGGACCUGGGAGCGCCGGUUCUUCUCCGGCCAGUGGAGAGCUGUGAUCACCGUUUAGCUCGUGACCCUCGUAUCGGGAAAUACUGGCGCCCUUCUCCAGGAGACGGAUCCUAAGGCUGUUCUGGAGGCUCCCUGCUGAGGUUCUGACCCACAUCUAGAAGGUUCUGAUGUUCUCUGACUGGUCUUCACCUGCAGCAGCGUCCGGCUUGGAGCCUUUUUUUUUUGGAUGUACUGUAUAUGAAUAUAUAUACACGGGUUGUUUCGGACCAUGAUGGACAGGAAGGGGUCCGACAUGAGCCCAGCAGGGGGCAGAGGGUCCAGGAGGUCCCGGUUCCAUGACGGGGGGGUCCAGGGGGAUUCAGGUAUCUUACCUAUCGGCAAGAUCACCAGGCGGACCUCCGUGAAGCCCCCGUACCUCCAGCAAGCAGGCGUGGCGCACGCACGCCGCCUUGGUUUGCUAUCGGACCGUAGUGCGCCGCCUCAUGUUCCUGGUCCUCUUUUGAGCCCCCUGAUUGGUGGGCUCCCUGGGAGCUCUCUCCUGAUUGGGCAGCAGGCAGCUUGUCUUCAGUUGGCACGGAUUAAAACCCAGCUAGCUCUGUCUCAAAUCAGCAGCGCCAUUGCUGCCGGGCACCAAGCGGUUGCCUCGAGGAACGUCUCCAACACCCCUCCCUACCGUGUAUCCACACAAGCCCCUUCCCCUACAGCGACGGCCAUCAAUCUGCUGAACCUUCUGAAGGUUGCAAACUUGUCCCACAAACUAUAUAACCCCUAUUCCUUAGAGAGCCAGGAUUAUCCACCUUACCAACCUCCAAGUGCCCAGGUAGACCCUGGCAAUGUGAGAGAGCCUUCUCACAUGGUCACUGGUUCAACCCCCGCAUCUAUCGGGGCCUCCUUCGCGACUUCUAUGAAUCCCAGCAACAUUCACCCAGCGAUGCACCCCAGCUCUAUGGGCUUCAUCCCUGGUCAGAGUCAGCCAGCCCCUGAGUUGAAGGGGGCCAUGAACAUCCACAUAAAGCAAGCCAAAGGAUCUACUAUAUGGUCAGGGGAGUCCAUGCCAUCUGACUGCCCUUCCUCAUCCAAGAAUGCUGCAUACAGCCCGGCCCGAUAUACCUGUGAAUCGGCCAUGGACAUCCUCAAGCGCUUCAACCUUCAAGAAGAGGACUUGGAGGCGCUGUGUGCUUACCCAGACGAUCAGCUCUCCACCGCCAACCUACCCUGCCUGCUGCGAGACAUCAGCCAAAAGAAGGCCAACCGGUUAUCUGCUGCUACUUCGUCAAGCAUGGUCCACCAGGCUCAAGGCAGCCAUUGUGCCCCAGAAACAACAUUAGGACCCGGGGCCGAUGUGAAGCGUGCGAUGGGAGCGCCUUCUGCCUUUCAGCAGCCAAUUAAAGUGAUUGAAUACGGACAUACUAGUAAAUAUAACGUAGGUAUCCGGGAAGAAGAGAAAGAUGGAGGACACCACAGCAUUAGUGUCAGGCCCAGAAGCUUAAUUGAAAGUGGCUUGAUGGGAAGUUCAACUAGCCAAAGCCGAGAGACUCUGCAAAAGGACCUAGCGCAGGCCAAACAUGGUUGUUCGUUGUCACAGAGAUCUACCACCUUGUCUCCUUCUGUUUACAGUCCGUUAACAAGCGUGACUGCUUGCCCAGUCGCUACCAACAUUAUACCAAAGAGGGAUUCUAGUGCUGAUCAGGCAGCAUCUGCAGCAAGUCAAAGACCAGCUAAAGGCACCGGACACACUGGUCACAGACCGGCGCUAGGUAGCGGAACUACAAGUCAUAAAGCAACCACGGGACCUACUGGAACUAACCGUCAUAAACCAGCUACAGGUCCCGGAACUAACUCUCAUAAACCAACACCAGGUACCGGAACCACCGGUCAGAGCCCAGCUCCAGGCGCUGGAACUACCAGUCCAAGACCUGCUCUAGGUGUGGGAACUACCAUUCUCAGACCAGCUCCAGCCACCGAUCCAGGGCCAAUUCCCAUCCCCAGGUCCAUCCCUACGAACCAGGGGCCCCCUCCAGCAUCUGAUGAAUCUAUCCAGAGACCUCCGCCAGUCAAGCCAGCCGACAGAGUGCCGACGGCGGCCAUGAUCAGCGACUACAUGGGUUUCGAACCUGAUCUUUUCCCCCACAGCUGUAGUCUCUGUAACAAACCUUGUGCUGCCAUGAAGGACUGGCUGGACCACAAGAAGCACAAAGUCCACCGGGCCAGCUGCCAACUGCUAAGCAGACAGUAUUCCGAAUGGGAGCCCGAUGCAAUAACAAUCGACUCGGACCCUGAAGAAUCCCAGCAACCCCCCGCGACUACCCCAGACACCGCCUCCUCCCAGAGUUCCAGGCCCAGUCUUCAGCCGACCAGCCAUGGAGGUCCUGCCCCAUCAAACUCUGCACCUCCUUUGACAAGUUCCUCAGUGGACACGAAGAUUUCGGAAACGGGCAAGUCUCGGUCUCCACAGAGGCUGAGAUCAAGGUCAAAGUCUUCAGGAAGGAAAAGAUCAAGGUCAAAGUCUUCAGGAAGGAAAAGAUCAAGGUCAAAGUCUUCGGGAAGGAAAGGAUCAAGGUCAAAGUCUCCACAGACAAAGAGGUCAAGAUCUCGUCAAACAAAGAGGGCAGGGUCAAAGUCUUCAGGAAGGAGGCGGUGGAGUUCAAGGGAGAGGUCAACGUCCAGCGGGAAAGCUAACUCACCCCGUAGCUCAAGACCUGUCCACAGUAGAAGCCGCUCCCGGUCCUCUUCAAACUCCUCCUCCAGCUCUUCCUCCAGCUCCGACCGUUACCGUGGCAAAAGGUCGUCCUCGCCAGCCAGAAGGUCUAGGCGAAGGUCUGGGUCCCCACGAAGGGGUCGGAGGUCACGUUCCCAUUCACCAUGGAGACGAACCCGCAAGUCACGCUCUGGGUCUCGAUCCCCGCACCCCUCCUCUCAGCGAAGACGGUCGCGCAGUCACGAUGGGAGGUCUUCGGGUCGCAGACAAGAGGAGACCAGCGUAGAACAGCUGGCCAAGAAACUACUGGAAUCCUCUGGUGUCCAGAGCUUCACUGGCUCCUCCAGUCUAGAGCUUGUGGUCCAGUCUCUGGCCCCAGUGCUGCUGGCAGAGCUGGCCAAGCUGAAGGCCGCUUCAUCAUCAUCCGCUGCUUCAUCUAAAGAAAAGAAGCCAUCCUCCUCCUCGUCAUCUAGAGAUGAACAGAAGCUGUCAUCCGCCUCAUCUAGAGACGAGAAGAAGCCAUCCUCCUCCUCCUCAUCUAGAGAUGUACAGAAGCAGUCAUCCUCCUCAUCUAGAGAGGAGAAGAAGCCAUCCUCCUCCUCCUCAUCUAAAGAUGAACAGAAGCGGUCAUCCUCCUCAUCUAGAGACGAGAAGAAGCCAUCCUCCUCUGCCUCAUCUAGAGAUGAACAGAAGCCAUCAUCUAGAGACGAGAAUAAGCCAUCCUCCUCUUCCUCAUCUAGAGAUGAACAGAAGCAGGCAUCCACUUCUUCGACCAAAGGAGGGAAUGAACCACCUUUGUCCUCUUCCUCUGUUAAGGGAAUCAAGAAGGUGCUGGUUAAGAAGAGUGUCCCAACUAAAUCUGCAAAACCUCCAGGGUCGGGUCUCCUGGGAUUUGUACCAGCCCACCCUCCCCUGCUCCUGUCUGGGCUUCCCUCCACGGUCACCCAGCAGCAGGUGUUCUCCGCUGUGGAGAAGUUCGGAAAAAGCAGACUCAUUUCUGUGGCGCAACAGCGACAAGAGGCCACGGUGUACUUUCUACAAGAAGCUGCCGCUCAUGCCUUGCUCGGCUUUACGGAGCUGAAGAUUGGUGGAAAUCCAAUCACUGUGACACAGAAAGCCGUGCAAUGCAACAAGACGACUGCGCUCGGUAUCAAAACGACCACACCCGGUACCAAGGGGACCACGCCUGGCAACAAGAAGGCCACACCUGGCAACGCGACUACCACGCCUGGCAACGCGACUACCACGCCUGGCAACAAGACAACCACGCCUGGCAACAAGAAGGCCACACCUGGCAACACGACUACCAUCCCUGGCAACAAGACAACCACGCCUGGCAACAAGACAACCAUGCACGCCAACAAGACGCCUACUCCCAGCAAGUCAACAAUCACGCCUGACAACAAGGUGACCACACCCGGCAACAACACAGCCACGACUGGUAAAAAGACUGCCCCGUCUGGCACAGAACCAAUUAUGCCUGGCAAUGAGGACGCAAUCCCUGACAACACAACAGCCACGCCUGUCAAGAAGACUACCAUGCCUAGCAACUCAACGACUGUGCCUGGCAGCACAACAACGCCCGGCAACAAGAUGAGCACGCCUGGCAACAAGACUGCCACGCCUGGGAACAAGUCUGCCACGCCUGGCAUCCAGAAGGCCACACCUGGCAUCCAGAAGGCCACACCUGGCAACACGAAGGCCACACCUGGUAACACGACUACCAUCCCUGGAAAGGCCACCCCUGGCAACAAGAAGGCCACCCCUGGCAACACGACUACCAUCCCUGGCAACAAGACAACCAUGCACGCCAACAAGACGCCAACUCCCAGCAAGUCAACAAUCACGAUUGACAACAAGGUGACCACACCCGGCAACAACACAGCCACGACUGGUAAAAAAACUGCCCCGUCUGGCACAGGACCAAUUAUGCCUGGCAACGAGGCCGCAAUCCCUGACAACACAACAGACACGCCUGUCAAGAAGACUACCAUGCCAAGCAACUCAACGACUGUGCCUGGCAGCACAACAACGCCCGGCAACAAGAUGGCCCCGCCCGUUAAUGUAACGAUCACACCUGGCGGCGACACGACCACAACCGGCAACACGACAACCAUGUCUGAAAACAAGACGCCCACUUCCAGCAACAUAACACCCACGCCUGACAACAAGGCAAUCGAGCUCAGCAACAACACUGACAUGCAAGGCGACACAAGGACAAUGCCUGUACAACCGGUGGCCCCUCCAUCUCUGGUUGCCAACGUUUUCCCCACAGUCCUCUUCCUCAAAUCAAUUCAAUGUCUGGAUGUUCGGUGUUGGAAAUGGAAGGAUUUCCUACCCUACGCCACCAGUGGUGCCACCAUAAUGGUGACUGAUCUGCCAGAGAUGGAAUGGAAUGCUUCCAACUGGUCUUCGAUCACAAAAGUUUUGGAGAAGUUUGGCAACGUCCAAUGUGACAAAUGCUUCAUCCUUCCUGAAAACUGCACGGCGUUUGUAUCCAUGACGGCCAAAAAGGUGGCAGCGCUGAUGGAGUCGCUGGUGAUGGGAGCCUCCUUGAACUCCAAAACUGUCCGCUGUCACCUUCUGAAGGAGAACGCCCUCGAAUCUCCGAUCGACUUCUAUAAACAUCUUCUGCGCUGGAGUGAAAAGCUUUAUGAUGAGUCUACAUUGGAGUACAGACUGGUGUACAUCAGCAACAUUCCUGUUGGCAACUACUGGAUGUUGGCCUUCAAUGAAGGCCUCAGACAGACCGGAGGAGUCAGGCUCUACCUGCCGCUGAUUGGCAAGAUAUUUGUAGAAUUCGUCACGGUGGAGGAUGCAGACCGAUUCGGUGUCUGGCUGUCCAAAUUUCAGCCGGCAAAGUUGAAGAGAUGGAGAAUCUGUUUCUCGCGUCCUGGCCUUGACCAAGACGUAUAUGAACUCUUCAAGGCAGGGCGUGAAGAUGCGUUCUUGAUUCCGCUGUUCACCCAGACCAUAUUCUAUCCCACCCUGUCCCCCCAGUUCUACACCCCUGCACACCGGACGGUGAACGGACCAGAAGACCUUGAGUGGGCGGGGAAACAUUUGACUGGGCAGAGCGUAGUCAUGGUGACAGGGCUGGCGUUAGGCACGUACCGCCACAUGGACCUCGUGGAUGAGGUGGUGCCUUACUUCGUGGAGAAGGACAUCAGCCGUGUGUACGACUCUGUAGUGAUACUACCUCUGCAGAGAAGGGCCUUCAUCCACUUUGACGACGCUUUGAAGUGUAAGGAGUUUGUCUCAGAUUUCCUCCACAAGCCGUUCACUAUAGGAGGAUCUGACCUCACCCUCCACUUCCUCCUGGACCAUCUUGAGCCCUGCACCUCAGAGCUGCAAUUGUACAACAGACUGCUGGGAUGGACCAAUGUUGCGUGUAACAAGGCUGGUCACCUGGACCAGCUGAUACUGAAGGAGAUGGAUUACUGCAACAGAGAAGAGCUGAGGUUCAUCUUUAAAGACAUCUUGAAAAGAACAAGCCCCAACAGCUGGGUCAGCUGCCUAGUCCUCGCCAACCGGGUGGUUUUCCAGAUCGUUAAUGGAAGACCGGAUAUUACCUUUAGGAAAAAUUUGUUGAAUAGGCUCAAUGCUAAAAAGAGGAGGACUCCAGUUCAAUAUGGGACCAAUCGGGAGGUUGUAGACAAAGUGUGGAAAUCGCUAAGCGAUUUCACGUCAAGCAUUCAGAAAAUAGAUGUCAGGACGGUGAUCAACAGUCCCCAGCAUGCAAAGUCUGGCCAAUCGCCACCGGACCCCUCAGCGCCUGACCCCUCAGCGCCUGACCCCUCAGCGCCUCACCCCUCAGCGCCUGACCCCUCAGGUCCUGGCCCCUCAGGUCCUGGCCCCUCAGGUCCUGGCCCCUCAGGUCCUGGCCCCUCAGCGCCUGGCCCCUCAGGUCCUGGCCCCUCAGCGCCUGGCCCCUCAGGUCCUGGCCCCUCAGGUCCUGGCCCCUCAGGUCCUGGCCCCUCAGCGCCUGGCCCCUCAGCGCCUGGCCCCUCAGCGCCUGACCCCUCAGCGCCUGGCCCCUCAGGUCCUGGCCCCUCAGGUCCUGGCCCCUCAGGUCCUGGCCCCUCAGGUCCUGGCCCCUCAGCGCCUGGCCCCUCAGCGCCCGGCCCCUCAGCGCCUGGCCCCUCAGGUCCUGCUCUCCUAACCCCCGUGGCCCCUGCAGAACUCGGCGCCUCAGCCCACGACCAGGACUGGCCCCCGGGCUCCGGCCCCCAGCCUCCAGCCCUGAGUCAGGAGAUGUACCUCUUCUUUGCUACGGCCAUCCACCAGCAUCGCCAGGCCAGAGUCGAACAGGAAGUGAGACGAGGUGGACAGGAAGGAAGCCAGAGAGAGCAGGUCUCAAUGGACCUCGACAAGACCACCUCCUCUUCAACGAUUGCCCACUCCUCAUCCUUGUCUGGAGCCACAGUGUCCUCCUUACAUCUCCCCAAGUCCUCCUCAUCCUCUUCAGAUCUCCCCAUGUCCUCCUCUUCUCCUUCUCCUACUUCUUCUUCUCUCCCGCCUCCGGCCGGAGUAGUCCCUUCCUCUUCUGAACAGAACACACAACAGAAGUGUGAAGAAUCUCCUGUCCAGGUGCCUGAGGCUGUUGACACGACACACACUCCAUCGCCUACCAGCCAGGAAGGGUCACGCAUCACUACCACGGAGGAGGCGGAGUCUCUUCCUGCCUGUCCACCAAUCACAAGGAAGGAGGUACUAAGUGUAGCAGCCAUGGUAUGUGAAGAUGACAUGGCGAGGCCUGGCCACAUGAUGGCAGCAGAGACCUCUCUUAAAAGUGCAGCAUCACUGACGGGAAAGGAUGUCUUACACACUGAUCCAUGUCUGGAGGAAGAGGGGAAGAGAAAGGCCCAGCAAGAGUUAACCCUCACAGGAAAGGAUGUGGUCGUCUCUCCCAGCGGAGACACGAAGGAGAACAGAGUAGAGGUCGAUGAAACACAAGAGCAGCUGGGUGAUGAAAAGACAAGCGACCAGAUGCUCCAUUCGAGGCCAGAGUGUGACGAGGAGACGCCUCACAAAACCCCGGUCCAGCCUGAGACACCAGGGCUCCCUGACCCUGAGAGCCAGACCUCUGAACCCCAAGAGGAGGAAAUGUUGGCCAAAGUCGCUGAUGAAGCUGAGCCAUUCCAGGAGGUCCCAGAGCACGAAGAGACCAUUUUGGAAGAGGGGAAGGUGACAAUUGUAGAAGAACAAAUGCCUUCUGUGAAUGAAGAAACCCCAUCGGUAGUUUCGGAGGCAGCUGAUGCUUUACUCAACGGUGCAUCGACUGAGGAAGGAGACACCAACAGGCUCAUGGACUGUGUUGAAGGAUCUCCUCCCAAAGAGGAGGAGCAGAAGACCAAGGAAACCCAAGAGGAGCAGAAGACCAAGGAAACCCCAGAGGAGGAGCAGAAGACCAAGGAAACCCCAGAGGAGGAGCAGAAGACCAAGGAAACCCAAGAGGUGGAGCAGAAGACCAAGGAAACCCCAGAGGAGGAGCAGAAGACCAAGGAAACCCAAGAAGAGCAGAAGACCAAUGAGCAGAGCAACAAGGAGGAGCAGAGAGGCAAGGAGGUGCAGACCAACAAGGAGAAGAACAGCAAGGAGCUCAAAGAGGAGGAGCAGAGAAAUAAGGAACCCACAGAGGUCGAGCAGGGUAGAAAGGAUCCAAAAGAGCAGGAACAGGGUAAUAAUGAUCCAACAGAGGAGGAGAUUAAGAAAAAGGAGCCAACCGAGAAGGGGCAGAACUCCAGGGAGCAGAGCAUCAAGGAGGAGCAGAACACCAAAGUGGAGAAGAACAUCAAGGAACCCCCAGAGGAGGAGCAGGGUAACAAGGAGCAGAGCAACGAGGCCCCCACUGAAGCGGCGGACAACAAGGGGCCCGCUGUAGAGGCGGGGGCUCCUGAGAUGGAACAGCGACGAUCUAAGAGAGGUCACCCCAGUCCAGCGACCACGCCGCUGUCCACCAGACGCUCCACCAGGCACUCCACCCCCUCCAUGAAGAGGGAAAGCCCUGGGGAGGAGCUACCAGUGGAGAAGGCCGUCUCUGUAGAAGUGGAAGCCGCCUCCUCCCCCCGGGGAGGUGAGAGCCCUUCCUCCGGGGCCCCCCUCCCCCAAGGUCACCCCCAUCCAAAGGAAGAAGAGGUAGAAUACCAGGUGACGGACUCUGUGGAAGGUGGGGUGAUCGAGGGAGUCCAGCUCCCCACCAGGAGGAAGAGGGGAAGGCCAACCAAACUGACGGCCAAGAACGUCCGGGUGAAGAAGGAGCAGCCCACUGCCCCGGUAGCAGAGGAGUCCGGCAAGAAGCCAGAGGAACCGUUGGAAAACCAGGCCGGUCCAACCAGGACAGAGACCAAACCCCAGGAGGCCCCAGAAGAGAAGACGAGGGGCAAAGUGGAUGGUGCAGAAGAAAGCCAAAUGGCCAACAUAGUGACCCCAAGCAACGCCAAACCAAGGGUCUCCGACGAAGGGGUCAGUUUGGAGGAGGUGGCUACAUACCAGGUACUGGACUCUGUGGAGGACGAGGAGCUGGAGGUGAAGGAGGGGCCACCCGUGACGAGGGGCACUAGGGGCAGAGGAAGGAAGGCCAAAACCCCUACGAGGAAGGAGUGCAAGCGGAGUCUAGAGGAAACCGUGUUUGAGGUGUUGGAUUCCAUCGGGGGCGACGUGUUGGAAGACGCGCCAGCGCCAGAACAACCAGGACGACCCCGACGGGGGCUAGCGAACAAUGACCCAACGCCUGAAAAAGAUGGAAAGGUAGUACCUGACGACACUCCUGAAGGAACGCACGGCAAGCAGGAGCAAGUCAAGAAGGAACAGGAGGUGGCCCGUCAAGUCAUGGAGGAGCCACAAGGUGACGAGCAGCCUGCUGCCGGAAAGAGAAGGAGUGGACGAGGGAGGAAAGAGGAGGUGGCGGUCUCUGGGACCUCCAAAAUGGCCGCCAAAGAAGGUCAUCAGAGGGUGAUGGAGGAGGAGGUGUACCAGGUGGUGGACUCCACCGAAGACGACCCCCAUGAGGAGGAGCACGUCGACCCCCCCGGUCCAAGGAGAAGGAGCCAACGGAGGGACCCAGCACCGGCCGUGACCAGAGCCCCCAGAAGGCCUGCUUACUCCACCCAGGGGGAGGAGCCUCUGUACCAGGUGGUGGACUCAGUGGGGGGCGAGGAGGAACCGGCUCCAGUGGAGGAACAGCCGCCAGGGUUAGAGCCUAGGAGGGGGGAGAGAGGUCGUAAGGUCGCGGGGAGCGACUCCGCAACAGAAGACAAAGCGGCAAAGAAGAUGAAAACCACAGAGCAAACCGUAACGCCCAAAGUAAACGAGGGUGUGGGAGCAAAGAAGGCGAUGGACAGAAGGAAGGAGAGCCAGGAGCAGGAGGAGAACGCUCUGGUGAGUCUGGAUGAGGUCAGUGAGGAAGAGGAGGACUACCCCGACGAUUCAGUUGAGGAGGAAGAGCUGAGGAAGAGGCAGACAGUCGAGGAGAGGCGGAGAGAGGAGGAGGAGAGGAAGCUGGGAGAAGGAAUGGAGGGGCUGGUGACCCUAGAUGAGGUUGGGGAGGAGGAGGUGGAUGAGGAAGAGGUUGGUCAUGGAGGAGAGGCAGAGAGUGGAAGAAGAGGGGAGGGGAUCACAGAAGAAGAACUGCAGGCGUUGGUCACUCUGGACGAGAUUGUUGAGGAGGAACAGGAAGGGGAGGAGCCAACACAUUCAGAGCCCCUUCCAGACGACCAAUCAGAGGCCAGGUUGAAUACUGAGACGGUCUGUGAUGAAGAGCAAGCGUCUUCCUCCAUCGUUGGUGAAUGUAAACAAAGCGAGGAGCAAGCAGAGGAGUGUGUGAGCUUCGUGACCUUGGACGAGGUGGGAUACGAGGAGGAGGAGGAGACACAGCCACGCAGCAAAAGAGGUAGACAGGCUACAGAGAGGAAAUGCACCAGGAGAGAACAGCAGCAACAACAACAACAACAACCAGCAACGGCUAAACCCUCGGGGGAGGAAUCCCCGCCCAUCCCGGCCCAUGCUACCUCCCUAUUGGCCGGCGAGCCCAGGGCUGUUUUGAGCGUCAAAGGAGCAGAGCCAAUGGCAGAAAGCCCCGCCCGGGAUGGUGAAGAGACGGGGUCUGAGGAGACAAGGCUUCUGAGGAAAGCGUCCAGUAAAGCGCGGAGGUUGGAGGAAGAGGCGGAGCCUAAGAGAGUCCGCUCUCACUCUCCCUCCGUUGCCCAUGACUACACCCUGCCCGCGUUCACCCCCAACAACCCCCUUGGGUCGGAGCAUGUGGUUCCUGGGUUCUACUGUAAUCUGUGUUCUGUGUUCUACAAAAACGAGACCAGCGCCAGGACACUCCACUGCAGCCGCUUGGGUCACUACAACAACCUGAAGAAGUAUUAUCAGGGUCUCCAAGAGGAACAAUCCAGGAGCCAAUCAGGAGGCUCUACUGCUGGCAACUCCCCGAAAUGACUCUAGCCCGCCCACAAACAACCGUCUCUUCAUUGGUUUCACCGGAAUAUGGAGGAGCCUCAUCUACGUUGUUCAAUCAUUUUUUGUAUCGUUUUGAGUGUGUGAAGAAGAAGAUGAGGUUGAAGAUUGUUUAGCGCCAAAAGAAAAGGACGAUGUGUACUCUACUCGUUCAGAGUACAGAAGGACAGAGGUCUGCACUUCCAGGUCGUUAUUAGAUGGCGUUCAAGAUAUAGAAGACGGCGCUGGUCUUACUUUUUACUUACUUUUUACUUUUUACUUUUUACAGGAGUCAUCAUGGUGUGACCGCUUUAUUAAAGUAUGUUAUGUUCAAUGAUUUCAAAUAACAACGUUCAAUAAAAGUUAGCAAAAAUUGA